CCCAGUGGCAUCGUAGUACUGCACCCCAAAAGAGGGAGAGCGCCACAUGCAACAACUCGGUCUCCACGAAUGAUGAAAUGAGUUCAGGUCAGUUUAUAGCAAUCCAAUACAUUUUAUGACUUUUACUCGCCGUUUUGUGAAUUUUCUACCAAGUGCAACGCCCGGAGAUACUUUAUAUGUGAAAUAAAUGAUAGAUUCAAUUCUUCGAGAGGUCUCAUUGCCUUCAGUACAGUGAAUAUUAUAAUCACACAUCGUAAACGCCAAAACCGUGAAAUCAUCUGCAGGGGGUUAACCCUCAAAGUUUGAGCUGCCAGCUUUCUCUCAAUUGCAACGACUCAUCUCGAGGGAUAUUUGAUCCUUGAGUGAAAUAUAAAUUGACGUGAAAAAUGUCGAACGAGGGUUCUGACAGCAGUGAUGUCGAUCAGCCAGCAUACAUGGACACAGGAGAAGCUAGUGAACUGCCACCAGAGAGUCCACUCCUCAUGAAAUCAAGGGAACAAUAUCAAACUCUUUACAGAAAAUUUAUGGAGUGGAGGGAUACGAAUGAGAAGGGUCCACUGUCAGAGGAUGUAUUCAUGGAUUAUUUCACAGAUCUCGCUGAGAAAAUGAAGCCCUCGACUCUGUGGUCUCAGUACUCAAUGCUCAAAGCAACUAUGAUUGCCAAUGAGAAACUCGACAUGAAUGAGUUCUACAGAUUGAGGGGAUUCUUGAAGACCAAAUCAAUUGGAUACAAGAAAAAAACGAGUAAUACAUUUACUUCGAGACAGAUCGAGCAGUUCUUGACUGAUGCACCAGACAGCCAAUAUCUCGCUGAAAAAGUUGCCCUGGUCUUUGGAAUUCUUGGUGGCUGCAGAAGUCACGAACUAGUUCACAUAAGUGUCGAUAAUAUUGAAGAUGAUGGAUCGAUGGCGCUCGUUACAAUUCCCAAAACUGAGAGCGAUCCAGAGCGUUCAUUCUCAAUUUGUGGGGAAUUUUAUCAAGUUUACAAGAAAUACGCCUCAUUGCGACCAAAAAAAACUGACUGCCGAAGAUUUUUCUUGAAUUAUCGAGGAGGCAAAUGUGUAAAUCAAGUGAUUGGCCUUCACAAGUUCGGGGGAAUGCCAAAACUAAUAGCUUCUUAUCUCAAUGCUCCUGAUCCUGAUGGAUAUACAGGUCACAGUUUUCGGAGGACAUCUGCGAGUCUUCUAGCAGAGUCAGGAGCUGAUUACAGAAGCCUACAGCGUCAUGCUGGGUGGAAUUCAAAAAUUGCUAGAGAUCUCAUGGAGGAGAAGAAGAGGAAUCAAGUCAGGUUGGCUAAGCAGAUAACGGAGUCGGUGUUUUUGAAACCCUCGACUUCCACUUCGAAUGAUAAUUUCCAAAUAGAAGCACCACGUGAAGAGACGCUUGCACCACCAGAACAAUCACCCAUUGUUGAUGAUCCCUUGUUUAUUGACUGCAGCACUGCAAUCAAGGAGGAGAUCACGUUGGAUGAGGUUGCUGAAGAGCAAGUGCCCGCGCAAAUAAAAAUGCCUGUGCUUGCUCAGAAGCCCAAUAUCUUCAGAAAACCAGUUAAGCCACCCAUUCUUCGGCCAGUCGCCACACCUCCAAUAAAAAUUGCCCCCAAACCGGUGAUUCGAAUCCAACCGAAGAAUGUUUUACCAACACCUUUUCCUAAUCAGAAUCCUUCAACGAAACGUCUUGUUGUCAAAACUAUUUCGGUACAGAGACCUCCAGUUGUGCCUCCUCUGCAGCCACAGAGCAGUACAUCGGCCCCUGAAACUCAGCGCUCCCCAGAGGUUUGUCUGAGAUGGGGCUUUCACCACAAUAACAUGCAGACGAGUUUUCCACACUUCCUCAACUCCGAGGAGUUCGUCGACGUGACCCUCGCCUGCGAGGGUAAGUCUGUAAAAUGUCACAAAGUCAUUCUAUCGGCUUGCAGUGAUUACCUAGCCUCGUUGUUACGAGAAAAUCCCUGUCAGCAUCCGAUAAUUCUGAUGAAGGAUUUGAAGUUUUGGGAAGUUGCGGCACUAGUAAAAUUCAUGUACGAGGGGGAAGUUAAUAUCCUCCAUGACAAGUUGCCACAGCUGUUGAAAGCUGCUAAUGCACUACAAAUCAAGGGAUUGGUUAACUUUGCUCCUCAACAGUUUUCGUUGCAGAAUAAAGACCAACCGCCAUUGGCUUCAGCGUCGGUGUGUCGGCCUGAAGCACCCGCAGCUCCUCCGAAGACUCAUGAGAUCAGGAAGCCAAAGCACCUGAAGAAUCUGUCGACGGCAUCUCCGGCUUUCUUCAGGAGAGCCAUUAAACGUCCACUCCUGAUGAAGAGGCCUAGCCUCGUCUCGAAAUAUCGUCGAGAAACUCCCAAGACACCUCCACCACGUGAAUCAUCUCCAGAGAUUAAAAUGGAGACCCUGGAUAUUCCUCUUGGGGAUGCUGACCUCUUCUCAGUGUCUCCGGAGUACGAAAAUCUCAUAACUCUAGAUGAGGCCAGUCCUGGGGAGGGAAGACCUCCCGAAGUCCCCGGACAUGAUAUGGACAUGGUACUGACUGAUUAUUUGCAACCGGAAAACAACUUCUUGGAGAAGAUGGACGAUGUGGAUAACUGUGGGCGCAGUGCCGAGAUCGAGGAAGAGAAUGGCCAGCCUCCUGGGGACGAUGAUCAACAUGAACUACAUGAAGAGGAUGGAACGUGAACCAAUAAGAACACCAGCGAUAUUUAUGAAUUUUAUUACUUCGGUUAUUAAUAAAUCGAAAGAAAACGUUAGAAAUAACGAGAGAAAGCAUAAGACGUUCUAUUACUUUAAGGGGAUAGUACUGUGAGUUUUGAAAGUCAUGAAUUGUUGAACAUCGCCGUUUUUUUCUCGUUUCCACACAUGCAGAAAUUAAUUAUUAGCGCGUGGAAACAGAUGGUCUAUCGCAUAUUUUUUCGAUAAACUUUUUUCCUCCACGAAAAUGUACAAAAUAUAUUAUGGGGCGUUAUUUCGAAGUUGAAUAUCAAAAAGAUGAAGACUGUUUUCUCCUUUUUCAUAUUGAAGAAAAAUCACCGGCUAUGCGAAAUCAUUCCAAAUUGAAUUAACGAACAUUUCUACUGACAUUGAAAAUUCAACAAUUAGUUGACAUCUAAAAUGUUCAUAAAGUGUCUCGUAAUUAUUUUAUAAAAAACUCACAGUAGUCCUCCUUACCGCAUAGUAAAAAUUUUAACAAUUCAAAAUAUCAAAUGUCAUUAAUUGCACAAAUAUCAUUCAUCCAUUAAUAAUAAAGAACAACGUUAUUUGUAA